AAUCUUUAAAAAAAAAAAAAAGAAAGAAAGUGUUUCUGAAAUAAAGGAAGACCUCAAUGCAGAUGAAAGCAACUCAACAGAUAGAGAAAAACACAGAGCCUCCAAGAACAUUGAUCAUUGGCAAAGUCCUGGGCUCUAGGGAUGAUGAAAAAAUCCUAUAAGCAUCGAGGCAGAAAAAGGAAAUUAUUCAAAAUGUAAAAACGAAAAAAAAAGUCAUGCUGUCCACAGCAUCAUUUUAAACCAUGGGAUAGCAGAGAACUGGCCGUAAAAUGAGACAAGCAGUCGUUUACAUGUGGGACCAAAGAGGAUUGUUUCUCAGAUAUUGAAAAUUUUGAAAACAUUGACUUUCAAGAUAACUUUCCUGAAAAAUCUUCCUCGAUGAUGUCACCCUUUUAACCCAAAUUGGAGAAAGUAAAUCAGGCAAAAUUGCAAACUCACGAAUUGUUAAUGAGCCAGAAAAUCAAGUCAAGAAGUUAGGAGAACAAUAGACUACCUUUCCCCAAAAAAGCAGAAGACAGAAAAUAAUAACAAGGCCCAACAUUGAUGUAAAAGAAAACUAAGAAACAAUAAAGAAGGUCGAUAAAACCAAAAGUUAGUUCUUUGACAAGAUUAAUAAAGUAGAAAAACUUUGGACAAGCUUUUGCCAGAUUAGGAAAAAGGCAGUUAGUUCUUUAUCACUGACAACAGAUACUUCAGAAGGAUUAGGAGUGGGAUCCUUUGAGAAUUUCAUAGGCCGUAUGAAUAGGCUUGCCCAGAAGGAAAAACUAUCUGUAAAUUAUGAACAAUGUGAAUUGAAAGAAUAUGGGCCAGAAAGAUUUUACUAUAGAUGCAAAAUUGGGCAGAAAGAAUAUGCUGUUGGUGGAGGUGCUACCAAACAGGAGGCAAAACAGAUGGCUGCUAAAUUUGCAUAUGAGCAGAUACAAUCAGAGAAAACCUUAAUGAAAGAUGACUCACUAUCAAGUGAUUCUUGGACUACUUCACCUAGUAAUUCAGGAAACAACACUUUGGUGAAAAGCAUAUCUGCUUCUAAAUCACCACUUGAAAAUGAUUUCUCACCAAAUGCACCAGAAGGAAAUUGUAACAGCAACAGUAUAAACAAUUCUUCAUCUCCUCUGAGCAAUGUCAAAAGUAGUGAAAAUAAGGUGAAAAGAAGUUUGGCACCUACCUUUAACUCUCCUGUGACCAAAGAAAACAAGUACACUGUGGAAGUCAGGUUUGCUUGUGAUUUUACAGAAAUAACACCGAUUGGCUCAGGCGGAUAUGGUCAGGUUUUCAAAGCAAAGCACAAAAUUGAUGGGAAGACUUAUGUUAUUAAACGUGUUAAAUAUGAUAAAGACAAGAAGGUAGAGCGUGAAGUAAAAGCUUUGGCAGCACUUGAUCACCCAAAUAUUGUUCACUACUAUUGUUGCUGGGCUGGGGAAGAUUACCAUCCUGAGGACAGCGUAAAUCCUUCAAGACCAAAGAUUAAGUGCCUUCUCAUCCAAAUGGAAUUCUGUGAUAAAGGGACAUUGGAGGCAUGGAUUGACAACAGAAGAGGCAAGAAGACAGACAAACCUUUGUCUCUGGAAUUAUAUGAACAAAUAGCAGAAGGUGUGAAGUAUAUACAUGGUGAACAGCUAAUUCACAGAGACCUUAAGCCAGGUAACAUAUUUUUAGUAAAUACAAAGCACAUAAAGAUUGGAGACUUUGGACUUGUGACAUCCUUGAAAGAGUAUGCAAAUCGGACAAGUAAUAAAGGAACUCUUCGGUACAUGAGCCCAGAGCAGAUUUCUUCAGAAGAAUAUGGAAAAGAAGUGGAUAUCUUUGCUUUGGGGCUAAUUCUCGCAGAACUUCUUUACAUAUGUCCCACUGUUUCAGAAACAAUACAGAUUUUUAAAGACCUAAGGGCUGACAAGUUCCCAGAUAUGUUUGAUGCCAGAGAAAAAUUUCUUCUGGAGAAAUUAUUGUCACAGGAUCCCACAAAGCGACCUAAUGCAUCUGAAAUACUGGAGACUUUGAAGGAGUGGAAGAAUGUUGCAGUGAAAAAGGAACGAAGCACGUGGUAGAGCCCUUCUAAAAAAGUAUCCUACUUUGGAUAUUCAAUUUUUCUGUAACUGUCUAAAAUCUUCUAGGGACUGCUGAUGGUAUUUACCUUCUAUUUUAAUUUUUCCCUUAAUUUUUCACUACAUUUUAGGAAGGUUUGAAUCUUUUUUUUUUUAACUUCAGAAACAUUCAUACAUUUGCCUAAUUGUCCUGGCUCAUCUCCUUAUUAUAAACAUUGGGGGGGAAUCUCUCAAAUUUUUUAUAUCAAUUAGUGAAUCAAUCAACUAAUAAUAUUUAUCAAGUGUUCACUCUUUCUAGGCCAAAAAAUGUAAGAUCUUUCCUUGUCUUAAAUAGCUAACCAGCUUGUUAGAGAAAUAUGGUGUCCCUAAAAAGAUAAGUGAUAUACAAUCAUUUUGGAAAACAAUUUGGUCUGAUCUGGUUAAGUUGAAGGUGUAUAUACCCUCAAAGCCAUCAGUUCCAUUCCCACUUGCAUGCCUACAAGAAUGUUCAUAGAAACUCUGUUUACAAUAGCCAAAAGAACAAAAAACAAUGUCCGUCAUAAGAAGAAUGGAUAAAUAGUUUCUUUUUCAUACAUUGUAAUACUGCAUAGCAGUGAAAAUGAAUGAAUGACAUGCUAAAUGCAGUUACAUGAUACAUCUGGUAGGAACAUAAUGUUAAGGGAACAUAGCUGGUUACAGAAAAUAUAGACAAAAUGGUUCUCUUUACAUAAAGUUCCAGAGAGAAUGCUAAAGGAAAGAAUUUUGUUUAGAAAUGCAAACAAAUGUGGUCAAACAAUAAAAGGAAAGAAAGGAAUAAAGAAAUAUUAAAUCCCAUAGUGGUUCUCUAAGGAGGGACAGAAGUGGUGUGACCCAGGGGGUGAACUGCAAAGAUAACAAUUCACCUUUUUUUCUUAAACUGGCUGUUGAGUUUACUACUGCUUACUGCCUAGUUAUUCUUUUUUAUCUUAAAUACAUCUUGAUUUUGGCUUAGGUCGUGAUCUCAUGGUGGUGGGAUUGAGCCCCGCGU